AUGGAUCAGGUGCAAGCAGUGCCUUUAUUCAUGAGAGAGACACCCACGGCAGAGCAAGUGGCGAAUAAUCCGAAUCUGGCAGCACUGGCUGCAAUCCUCACUGAUGAUGGAGAAACAAUAGAAGUUGCUGAAUACUAUAAGAAAGAAGGAAAUGAUGCUUUUAAGGCUGGUAAUAAGCUGGUUGUAGGUGGUGCAAAGGGGACCAAGAAGUCAGUUGGGGGCAAGGCGCUAGAUGAUGGAAUGGUGAUGACCGAGAAAAUGAAGCACUACAGGAAUGCUGUGGAGAAAUACACCAUGGGAAUAGGAACUAUCAUGAAAGAGGCCAAGACAAGCGAAGAGAUGGGCUUAUUGGUGACCCUAUAUAUGAAUAGAUCCAUGUGCAAUCUAUCGCUGGGUAAUUAUCGCAUGUGUAUAAACGAUUGCGAGGAUGCGGAGGCUGCGUUGGAAAUCAAGAACAGCUUGCCUGUAGCGAGAGAAGAGGGCGAGGUCGAUAAUAAAGAGAAUAUGGGCGCAAAGAUCGAGGAGGUGACCAACGAAGACACAAAAGGCGAGAAAACAGCAACCCAGCUGCCUGUGGUAGUAGACUUCAGACCCAAGAUACACUUCCGUGCAGCUAAGGCUUAUUUGGCUUUGCGGCAGUAUACAACGGCAUUAACAUGGGUGGACAAAGGCUUGAGUGGCGAGCCGGCAAACGACGCGAUGCUCAAACUGAGGAAGGAGAUCAUGACCGAGAAGGGGAAAUACGAGCGCAUGUACCGCAAGCAAGAGAAGGAGAACAAGCGAGUGGCAAAGGAACUACGCGAGCUCGUGGCCGCUGUGAAUAUUCGCGGUAUCAAACUAUGCUCAGCCGACACCACAGCCGAAGAUAAAAAUUCUGAUAGGGCAUUGCACACUAGUGAAUGGUUUGAGAAUUCUAGCACCGGAAAAUGUACGCUUAUCAAAGCGGCUCAGGAAGGAGAGGAAGAUCAUUUGGCAUGGCCCGUGUACUUCAUGUACCCCGAAUCCAACCAGAGCGACUUUAUCCAGUCGUUCCAUGAGACGACCAGCUUGAUGGACCACGCUAAGGCCAUUUUGGCGGAGGCGGCUCCGUGGGAUCCCAGCCACAACUAUAACCCUACCAACGUCGAAUUCUACUACGGCACUACUGAUCCCAAGACGGACAAGGCUUGGCUGGUGCAAGUUAAUAAGGAGAAUCCUUUGUUGUACGUAUUGCAAACGCCGCGUCUCGCCAUUCCAGGAGGCUUGUUGCAGUUUAUAGUUCUACCGAAAACGGGAGCUUUCCGCACAGAGUACAUCAAGAACUUUGAGGGUGUGGUACAAGAAUAAAGCGAAACGAUAUUCGUUGUAUUUCUAAUAGUAUUUCGGUACUUUACUCACGAAGACUGCAUAUGGGAGAACUACGUAAGAGUGCUAUUAGUGAUAUUAAUUUGGCAGGCCGGUGUCUUGUGGUACAACACUAAG